AUGCCUUCAUUGUUGUCAUUAAGCCUAUUGGCCCUAAUCUCUAGUAUAAUACCCAGUACCACAUCCGCACCGACGAAACGACAGUUCAGUCCCGGGGGUAGACGAGACGGAGCUGCUGGAAAUGGGAGAUGGAUCUGGGGACCGCCGUCGUUUGAACCGGCCCAUUGGGGCGGACCACCGAACAUCGAUAACCCAGCGGCAGACGGUCCCGAGAUCGUGUCAGCGCCAGCGCCAGCGCCAGCGCCAGCACCAGCACCAGCACCAGAACCAGAGCCAGUCCCAGUACCGGCGGACACAGCGACCGUAGCCGCACCAGCUCUUGUUCCUCCACCCACGGAGUCAGCCAUCCCAACGAUCCCUCCACCGGACCCGAUACCAGACGACAGCAUUCCCCCUCCGCCCGCUUCCGAUCCACCAGCAGCAGCAACGAUAGCUACCAUCUUGACCUCAGUACCGGCCGCAGCAGCGACAGACGCGCCGGGAAACACCGACACACUCCCCCUCUCCCCUGAAACUGACUUGACCGCAACGCUAACGGAUGCCGCAGGACAAACCGAUACCGUAGGCGAUGUCAUCACCGCGACAUCACCGGCCGAAUUCUAUACCGCAAGCAUGCCACCAACAGUACCCGACGCAGACGUGGCGCCCUUUCCCAACGCCUCAAGCCCGGCUCCUGCAGCCCAGGAGUCCGAUCCAGCAGCGCCGAACGGCCAGCCUGACGUCCCUGCCUCAUCCGACGAUGGCAACUCGACGAUCCCCCCACCAGCAGAUGCGCAACCAGCGCCGACGAUCCCAGAGCCAGCACCGGGGCCUGGGCCUGGCACGGAUGUCACAGUUGGGCCCGGCAACACGCUGAACGGGACCGUGCCAGGAAAUGUCCCGCCCACCUCACCGCCGCAAUCAACGCCCGGCUUGAAUGUCGAGCUAGUAAACAAUUUUGGAUCUGACGGAAUCAACAUCUACAUCACGGCCAAAGACGAAGAAGGACACGUGAUGCUGCUGACGCCGGCGCAAAGCUGGUUGUAUCCGACCUCGGGAUCCUCCACCAUCCCGGAACCCAUCACCGACGACAUCACCAUCCCGCUGGGCUCGCCCGGCAGCACCACGACCCUCAACCUCCCUGGCUAUUUCAACUCGGGCCGAAUCUACUUCGCAGCCGGCACCCUCCGCUUCUACACGCUCCUGAACCCCGAAGGCGUGACGCUCGUGGCCCCGGACCCCCAGAACCCGAGCGACUCGUCCUCGUCGAUCCUCUGGUCCUUCGUCGAGAUGACCUACUCCAGCGUGGCGGGGCUCUUCGCCAAUCUGUCCUUUGUCGACUUCGUCGGCCUCGCCGCGGGCAUGUCCCUGACCACCACUUCAGGCCAGACACAGACCGUCGCGGGCACCAGCCCGGGGAGCAUGGGGAAUGUGUGUAGCGCGCUGGAGGCGCGCGCCGGGACGGACGGGGUGCCGUGGGAUCAGCUGUGCGUGUAUCGCGGCGAUGAGGUGUUGCGGGUGGAUGCGCCGGGGAAGUAUAUUGCGGCGGUGGAUGGGGGCGCGUUCCGGAGUUACUGGGAUGCGUAUGUGACGAGCGUGUGGGAGAAGUAUGCGAGUGAGACGCUGUACAUUGACACGCAGACGGAUCUGGGUGUGGUGGAGUGCUCCCUCUCCUGCGCCGGCGCCUCCCGCCCCCUCCCGCCUCCCCUCUCCAGCACGAACCCCGACUCGGCCCUCGACAUCUUCUCGUGCGCCGGCAUCUUCAGCACGACCUCUUCCGACAACGCCGUCGACCUAGCCGUGCUCCCGCGCGUCUGCGCCGCUUUGAAUCGCAGCACUUUCUUGCUCGCCAGGGGAAACACGCAGCCGUCGGCUGAGGUGACGACGGCGGAUUAUUACUACGGUGGUGGUGGUGGUGGUAAUGGCACAGUGGGGCAGGGGGCGACGAAUUGGUACAGCGCGGCGGUGCAUGCGGCGCAGAGUGAUGGGAGGGGGUAUGCGUUUGCGUACGAUGAUGUGGCGCCGUUUGGAGGGGUGGAUGCGAGCGGGACGGUGGCGGUUGGGGGUGGUGGGGUGGAGAGUUGGAAAGUAUUCGUGGGGGGGAUGGCGUCCUGA